CAACGGUCGAAGGCGCGUGCGUUGCGCAGGCCGGGCUGCCGCCGCCGGGGCGCAUGCGCCGAGGCCGGAAGAUGAAGGUGGCGGUGGCCGGCUGCUGCCAUGGCGCGCUUGACAAGAUGUACGAGACGCUCCAUUUGCUGGAGCAGCGCCACGGCCAGGCGGCGCCGGAUCUGCUCCUGUGCGCAGGGGACUUCCAGGCCGUGCGCAACGCGGCGGACCUGCGCUGCAUGGCGGUGCCGGCCAAGUACCGCUGCUUGGGGGGCUUCGCGAGGUAUUAUUCUGGAGAGAAGAAGGCUCCUGUCCUGACCAUCUUUAUUGGGGGCAACCACGAAGCUUCCAAUCACUUGCAAGAGCUACCAUAUGGCGGAUGGGUGGCACCAAACAUCUACUACCUUGGUUACGCUGGAGUGGUAAAGUAUCGUGGGGUGAGAAUUGGCGGACUCUCUGGCAUCUUCAAAUCUCAUGAUUACAAAAAGGGUCACUUUGAGUAUCCACCAUACAACCAACAUACGAUAAGAAGUGUCUACCAUGUAAGAAACAUUGAAGUCUUCAAGCUCAAGCAGCUAAAGCAGCCUAUGGAUGUAUUUAUGUCCCACGACUGGCCCAGAAGUAUAUAUCAUUAUGGAGACAAGAAAUUGCUGCUUAGGAAAAAAGCCUUCUUCCGCCAAGAAGUGGAGAGUAAUACGUUGGGAAGUCCUGCUGCUUCAGAGCUUCUGGAGCACUUGAAACCAACCUAUUGGUUCGCUGCACACCUGCAUGUGAAGUUUGCUGCCUUCAUGCAGCACCAGGCCAAUGGCAGUGGGAAAGAGCCAAAAGCAACAAAAUUUCUGGCCCUGGAUAAAUGCCUGCCCCACAGAGACUUCCUACAGAUUGUAGAGAUUGAGCACGACCCAAGUGCAUCUGACUGCCUGGAAUAUGACCCUGAAUGGAUUGCUGUUCUUAAAGCUACUAACAAUCUUGUUAAUGUGUCUCCAAAUUCCUGGAAUAUGCCUGAAAACAAUGGACUCCAUGCAAAAUGGGACUACAGUGUCACAGAAGAAGACAUCAAGGCGGUUUUGGAAGAGGCGAACCACGACCUUAAGGUUCCACAUAACUUCAGUACCACAGUUCCCUGUUAUAACUCAAACAAAUCCCAGGAGCACAGAGAACCCGUUCAUCAAAUCAAUCCCCAGACGACCGAGUUCUGUGCCCGGUUUGGCCUCUUGGACAUUAAUGGCCGAAUCCAACAACUGAGGGAGGAGCAUGGAGAUGAUGAUGAUGAUGAAGAGGAGGAGGAGGAGGUAGACAGUACUAGAUCAGCAGAGGAGCCCAGUGACUAUAAUACAGACGUUUCUGGCUUGUCCUCUUCUAUCAACCCUGAUGAAAUAAUACUGGAUGAAGACAGCGAUGGUGAAGAAGAGCCAGGCAGCUGCCCAGUGGACUCGUCUGCCAGCCACCCUUCUGACGUCUCAACAACUUUUUCUGACAUCCGGGUCACGCCAGGUUCCAUGGCCGUGUCGCCGAAUGAUACUGUGGAAAGUGAUGAACUGGAGAAAUUGAGUGAGAGAAACCAGCCAGAAGAGGUGAUCCCCAGUGAAACGCCCUUGAAGCGGCUAAGUGACACAAGCGAAGAAGGAAAGGGUGGGCCAAAGAAAAUUAAAAGGCGGAACCAGACUAUCUAUGCUUCCAAAGAUGAAGAUGAGGUGGAAUGAGAGAGACAACCCCUUUGUUGAUUGCUAUACCUGUUCAACUUUUGGUGCGGGUCUUUUUUUUGGGGGGGGGGGAUGGGAUUUUACAAUCCUACACAGUUUUUACACUUUAAUUGCAAUAAGCCCUUUUUUAUAUUAGAGCAAAUAUUUUUAUUGGGGAACAAAUAUUGAUUUGG